AUGAUUCUCCACCACAGUGCGCCGUUGCCGAGGAUGGUGACGUUGCCAGGCUGCACGCUGCACAUCGCGGUUGAUGCGGAUCUGUCCGUCAACUUUGACCGUCUCCUCUGCCCACCACACGCAGGCUCCAACUGCGUUGGUGUGUCCUCCGUGGCCCCGUCGGUGGCGCAUGCAACGUUGUUUUCGAACCUUCCGCCCCGCACACAGGUGCGGGGCGUGCGCCAGGUGAACGCUGUCUCGCAGACGGUGGUGCUGCGUUUAGCGUCCAGCGCCUCCAGCGCCGACAGCAAUGGUGCAGUCACGCCUGCUUCGACUUCAGCGUUGACAAGAAAUACGUACGUGGUGGUGGUGCUGGAUGCGCAGCAGGUGCCACAGAUGCUGUCGGCCGCGACGGCGCGCCGGUGCCCACCGCACUUGAGUGGUGCAGGGCCACUUGGCUGGUACCUCGACGCCGUCAUGGCAGGGUUGCAGCAGGCGAAGGAGGCAGAGGAGAACGAGGUAUGUCGCAGUGGCGCCGUAUCCGCGUUGACGGACAAGGACGUGAACAGCUCACGCACGGACCAGCCUAGCACCACGACGCGUACGCUCCUAGCGCGCCGCCGCGGCACCGACGGCGAUGUCGUGCACCUGUCGCUCAUUGUUGUGCCGAACGCCACAGUUGCGUUGAGUGGGCUGAACAGCACGAACGUGAAUGUGACAGGGGCUGAGGCCGCCGCUCUCUUCAGCGCUGCCGUCGCGUGGAGCGCUACACGACGAGUGAUAAUGGAGGUCGGCGAUGUGGAGGAGCCGCUCGCUGAUCGCAACGCUUGCAGCGCGGCGGCAAGAAGGUCACACGCUGUUCCGGUGGAAUUAGACUUGUGCGCCACCGCUGCCCACGUCCAGCAGGCGGCGCAGAUGAUUGCCGCACUGGGUAACAAGCUGCUCAAGGCGUGGCCCACCUCUGCGACGGCUGUCGGUUCUACGUCCCUGUUCGCCAGUGAUUCAGCAGAGGCAAGCAUCGCUGAUGCCGCUGACGUGCGGCGUGACACACAGCGCAAGGUCAUCCCAAGCGACUUUCACGCUCUGUACACCAGCAUGCUCACAGAGGUGUCCUCCUUCUCGGAGCGCAAGACGAUGGCGGCGUUGACAGCCUUCCCCACCAUGUGCCACCUCUUGGAAUACGUAGACAGUAUCGCGGGGUCCGCACCAGGUGCCCAAGAUGGCAGCGGCAGCGGCGGCGACGGCGACAGCGAUGUGGCCGUGCACGUUCCGGGUGCAGUUUACAGCAUCAACUAUGGUGAGCAUCGCUCAUGGAACGUGCUGAAUAGUGCCAUCAUCGAGGCCCUCGUGACGGAGUACGAGCGCUAG